GAUGAACAGACAUGCAAUAGAUAUCCCAUAAACAGACAGAAAUAACAAUAGUGAAAACAGUAAUAUGAAGAAACAGAAUGAGAUUAAGAGAAAUCUGUGUUGGAGUAAAUGAAAAGCUGCAUUAAAAACAGACGUGUCACAAUAAAGACCUGAACUAUAAUAAUCGAGCACAUUGUUCACAAAAACAUAGUCAUUGUUACGACAACAAAACAUUGUGCAUCAAAUAAAUGACAAAACAAAAAACAAAAAGAACAUACAAACACACAUCACUUUUCAUGCCUACAACAAAGUACACAACUGAUAACACAUCCACUAUGUAGGAUGCAGUACAUGGUAAAUAAUGGGCUAAAACCACGGACAUCCAUGGUUAAACGCGCAAAAAUACUGGUGUGAUGGUCCUUUAGCUCAGAAGCUGUAGAAUACGAGGGGUCAUUGAAGGCAUCAUUUGACUGACAAUCCCAUAGCCUAAUCCAGAGCGUGAGGAUGCAUAGCAGCAGUGAUAUGUGUCGGAAGAACAUCGGCUAAGUACUUCUUUCUGCUGUGAUUGACAAAAGCCCGCAGGCACUUUGUUCAUUCACCCCCCAGAGACCAUUUUAGAAGCAGAAACCUUCGGGUUGAUCGGUUUAAAUUUCCUCCAGACCGGGACUUCGCAGACGUUACGUUGGGACAAUGGAAUCUAAUGUUAUCCCGGACAGUAUCCGCCCUCAGAGGCUACAGCCAGGGAUUGGAUUCGGUUCAGGACCCACCGGGACCCUCCGCUCCUCUCUCCGGCCCGGGGUUACGGUCCCCAUCGCGCCGCUGUUGCCCUCCCCGGCCUCUCUGGCCGCUUCUUGCGGGCCUCCUCCGCCGCCGCCUCCGCUGCAGCUCCACAGCCUUUACGGCGGCAUCGGAGCGGGGCUGGGGCCGGGGGCUACCGGCCACUGUAACCCGGGGAACCCGGCGGUGCUGAAGGAGGCGGUGGAGGCUGUGGUCCGCAGUUUCGCCAAACACACACAAGGUUAUGGCAGAGUAAACGUGGUGGAAGCUUUACAGGAGUUUUGGCAGAUGAAGCUGACCAGAGGGGCCGACCUGCGGAACGGAGCUCUAGUUGUUUAUGAAAUGGUCCCAUCCAACAGCCCUCCGUAUGUCUGCUAUGUUAGUCUUCCCGGAGGCAGCUGCUUCGGAAGUUUCCAGUUCUGUCCCACCAAGGCAGAGGCAAGACGCAGCGCUGCCAAGAUUGCCCUGAUGAACUCUGUUUUCAAUGAACAUCCCUCUCGUCGCAUCACAGACGAUUUCAUUGAGAAGAGCGUCAGUGAGGCCCUGGCCUCCUUCAAUGGAAACAGAGAAGAGGCUGACAAUCCCAACACAGGAAUUGGGGCAUUUCGCUUCAUGCUUGAGUCCAACAAAGGAAAAUCCAUGCUGGAGUUUCAGGAGCUGAUGACUGUAUUCCAGCUGCUGCACUGGAACGGGAGUCUCAAAGCAAUGAGAGAACGACAGUGUUCCCGACAGGAAGUGCUGGCUCACUAUUCCCACCGGGCUCUGGAUGAUGACAUGCGCACUCAGAUGGCUGCCGACUGGGUGAACCGAGAACAGAGUGUGGCGGCCACUAUUGCGCAGGAGGUGGCGUCGACAGAGCGAGAACUGGAGGACGCCAGGCUGGCGGGCAGAGAACUACGUUUUUACAAAGAGAAGAAAGACAUCCUGAUGUUAGCUGUGGGCCAACUCAGUGCAGCCAACACUGCCACCCUGCCCUCGCACUAAACCUACUUCCCAUUGUGGAAACAUGCCUUCACGCUCCGUAGGAUUCCUGGUAACAGUAUUGAUCACUUCAUAGAUAUAAAGGUGAUAUCGUAUGAACUUUUAGGUUUUGUAUCUUGUGUUUUGUUAAGAGGACCAGGUAAUCAGGCCUUUGACUUACAGUAUGCACAUCCGUCCAUAAAACAAACACUUUCCGCUAUAGCCGUUACCUCUUUGUGCCUAGUGAUUACAGGAUAACAGUGCUUUUAAAAAAACUACCUGUAAAGUUGCUUGGCAUACCAGCUGACUGAGUUUUACAUAUUGUUUUCAUUUUUUCACAUCGUAUUUACUCGAAGUAGACCUACAGAAACAAAGCCUGCCUUUCAUCAGUGAAUGUACGGGACAUAAGUUAAUAUGACCCAUCCAACCAAACACAUUUGAUCAAGGUAUGGAAGUUUGUUUCUUUCAUGUUUUGGAUGUGUUUACUUGCAUCUAGUAUUUUGGACUUUGGACUAUUUUGGUGGUAAAAUAUAUGGGUCUUAAAACCUUGACGGCAAGUACCCUGUGUCCAUUAAUAAUCAGAAUAUUUCUAAAAUAUCACCACAAAAACAGCAAGGGGAUAAAGAUCCCACCUAACCUUUCCAUAAUGGGUACACAACCUUGUUCUGCCUGUUGUAAUGGAAAUAUAGUGUAAGUAUGUGGAAAUCCUCAAAUAUUACCAGAAUUUAAAUAAGCAUUGAAACAUACUUAUUGGCUCAUGUAAUAAUUUGUGGGUACUUUGCAAAAAUGUCAGCAGGUGACUGAUUGCUCUGACAGCAGCUCAGGUUUUUGAAAAAAUCAGAUAGUGAACCAUCACUAUGUUUUAUUUUUUCUUUGUGAAGGCUUUUGACAAUUAUUUUAGUGUUCAUUGUAUGCUUGGUGACCAUGACACUAGCUGAAUGUAUAUUUUCAGUGUGCUAUCAACUAAAGGAUCUGCAAAGCGAUGCUGUUUAACAUUUAGACUAUUGAGUUACUCUCGCGAUACAGAUUGUGUUUGUCAUGUGCUUCAUCUAGAGGAGUUGUUGCUCGGUUGACUAAAAUGUAGGUCGGGAUCACAGCAGAAACAACGAAUAGCUGCACGGUGGUGAUUGGAGGUCAAAUGUGAAGGCCAAAAAAUGAGUUGAGAGAUAUUUUGAUAAAAUGAUUCAUCAUGUUUGAAUCAUUGUAGUCAAUACAAAACAGUACCAGCACUUGUGGUUUAUGUUUUUUGACAUACUGGAAGCAAAAUUUGUUUGUUAGCAGUGCUAGUGUAUGUCCAUGGGCUAAAAACAAUGUAUGUAACUCGCACUUAUCACCUUUCAAAUACUUUUAUGUUGAAGGACCUGAUUUCAUUUAUACUGUAAAUGUGAUAUCUUUAUUUUUCUCUUUCUAUCUAAAAUGUAUUGAAUACAUUAUAAGGAUGAAGGCAUUUCAGUGAGUAGCCUUUUAAAGACCCCAUGUAAUAGAAGUGAGAAUUUAAUUGAUAAUGUGUGGCUCUGAUUGGAGGGAAAUGUGGGCAGUGAGUUAUGCGAGUUAAACAGCAGGAGGGCCCGCCUUGCUGCUGAAUGCUGGAUUGUCAACAGCAGAAACUAAUUACACUAAAUUUGAGGAGACGGCAAAUAGAAAACAAAGAAGCAGAGUAUGAAUAAAGCCAGAACCAAUUUUAUUAUUUUAUUGCUGUAUCUCUUCCCUGGGAUCAUUGUGCCUUUAUGAAAUUGGUAACAUGCAUGUAAAAAACUCAAAAGUUUCAUUUCAUUUAAUGAGGUCUUUAAAGGACGUUCUACUCUGCUUUACAACGUUUUUUUGUCAUUUCAUGUAAAGUUAAAAUUAUAGAUUACAUGCUGUUACAUUACUGCUACAGUACCUUAGGUAGGAGUAGUUCGACAUUUUGGGAAAUUCGCUUAUUCGCUUUCUGGUGGAGAGUUGGCUGAGAAGAUCGAUGCCACUCUCAUAUCUGUGCAUUAAAUAUAAGGCUACAGCCAGCAGCCAGUUAGCUUAGCUUAGCAUAAAGACAGGAAAGAGCUAUACUAGCUCUGUCCAACAGCAAUAAAAUCCGCCUACCAGCACCCCUAAAGCUCACUAGUUGACAUGCUAAUUCUCAUUUGUUUAAUCUGUACAAGAAACAAAGUCUAAAGACGACGAUUCGCCUAUUCACAGGGGGUUGUGCGCCGGACUAUCUAUAACUUGGUUGAGGCCAGUAACUUCCUGGAGUCUCCGCUGGUUGCCUGGCAACUGUUCAGAGCCAACAAAAUAUUUGCUGCUCGUGGUAGUUUAAUAUUUACAGUACAGACGUGAAAGAAAGUGGUAUCAAUCUUUAUGUUUGACUCUCCAACAAAGUGAAUAUAGGUAUUUCCCAAAAUUUCUAACUAUUCCUUAAAUAUGUUACACGACAAUAGAUUUUGAAGGAUUUAUUAAAUCUUACUACCUUUGGUAUACAUUUAUAAUCAUUAUAUAUUGUUUGUUUGGUACUCAGCUUGCAAGAUAUGUGUGCAGCACAAGUAGGAAAAUGUAAUAGUAAAAGUAAUUUUGUCUUCUUGGAAAACACCCUGCAGCUCUCUUCAGUGAACUGAUACAAUGAAAACUUUGACCUCACAAUUCUGCAGCUUGAAUCCAACCCUGUUAAUCUCACAUUUCCCUUUUUACUUUGGUUUACCCAUACUCACAGAAUCUCAUCUGCAGAUAUGUUUUCUGAAUUUAUCAGUGAAUGUAUCGUCCCAUGAAGUCCAACCUAAAAACGUACUGUACUACCAGUGCACUCAUGCUAAAGCUGAAAUGUAACAAGUAUUUAAAUGUGCUGGUUACAGGGAUGAGGCUAGAGAUCUUGAAUUGUGUGUUUUUGCAUUUGUCUUCUAAUUUAGAUGCUUAUUAUGUGUGUGAUUUUUGACCACAAGCCAUUUAUCUCAGCGCUCUCCUCUUGCAAAUGCCUUUGACUUUUCUUUGUGAUCAUUAUCAAUGAAGGCUUUUUCAAACACUUUUUUUUUGCUAUCCAUUUUAUAAAAAACUUGGGCUUUUUUUGGCUUUGAUGCAUGAUGUGUUGAUUAUGUUUUGUUUUUAUAUUUUUCAUAUUCGAUACAGUAUUGUUUUAUAAAAGUGUUUCUCAAGGCCAUUAUUGUAUGUAUUUUCUAUGAGCAUUUUGUAUUCCAUGUUUAUACUUUUAGUAGAUUUAUAUGAUGUAAUAAAUUGGCUCAUACAGAUGUUUA